GUCAGUUGUCACUGUCACAUGUGUCAUUCGUUAGAAAUAUUAGUCUCAAUACUCUCAAUUUUCAUUUUGUUAGCGUAAUUCAGUGCGACCCGGCGAGAUUUAAUUGCUUAGCAGAGCGUAAAAUGCUAAUAAAAUAACUAUAGAUUUGUUCUAGGUACCUGCUCUUAAGGAAAACCUUACUAUGGGAAAAGAAAAAUCUAAGAAACGAAGGAGAUCAAGUUGCUCAAGUUCUAGUAGUUCAGAUUCUGAUGCAUCCAGAGAAAAAAAGAAACUGCGAAAAUUGAAAAAGAAAUUAAAAAAAGAAAAAAAGAAGACUGAAAGAGCAUUGAAAAAGAAAUUAAAGGAAGAAAAGAAAAGGCUUAAAAAGAAGCAGAGGAGUAAGAGUACAAGUCUCAGUCGUGAUGAUAGUAAUGCGAAGGAUGGGGCCGUCUCCACAGACAUUCCUCUUGAAUUAAUGGAAAAAUCCAAAGCCAUGGCCCCUAUGACUAAAGAAGAAUGGGAGAAAAGACAAAGUGUAGUAAGAAAAGUUCUAGAUGAGGAGACAGGAAGAUACAGGUUAUCCUAUCAAUCUUAUACUUUUACCCACAAUAACUUUUACUACUCUUCAGUGAUAUUUCAGUGUCAUAUAGUAUAUACUAAUCUACUUUUUAAUUUCAUAAUGAAUAUUCCCUCAGUUGAGUCCUAUUUUCAGGUUAAUAAAAGGUGACGGAGAGGUGUUAGAAGAAAUUGUGUCCCGAGACAGACAUAAGCAGAUUAACAGGCAGGCAACACAGGCUGACGGAGCAUUCUUUCAGUUACAAACUGUUGACAAAAAAAUGUUAUAGAGAUGAUGCAGCUUGGGAGUUACUGACACAUCUAGGACUCUUAAUUUAUAGAUUGUUCACAACCCACCAUUAGUAGAUAUAUGCACCAGGAUGUCUUUAAGAUAUGAGCUUCAUAUGACAUGUAUUUGUUCCUUUACAUUUGAUUAAACAUUGAAUUGAACCUCUUGCUUUGAAAUGUUAUUACCAACCUGUAUCUACUUCUAAGGGGUUCUGAAAUUAAUGGAUAAGUGGAGAAGAAACUACCUUGGACAAAACACAUCUUGUUUUAUUAGAUAAUAUUUUGAAUUUAGUCUUUCAGUUUGUGAUUCCUGGUUCUGUGGUUCAUGUUAUUCCUGACAUGGACAUGUGAGCUGAAUGACACAUAGAUAAUUAAGAAAUAAUUGAUGUGCUGCUGCUACACCUAUAGAUACUUAUUUUAUAUUUUACAAUUUGU